GGCCUUUCUCUCUCUCUCUCUCUCUGGCAGGUAGAAUUGGUUGCCAGGUUUUUUCACUUGUCACUCCUCUUAUGUUUUUGUGAAGAGACUAGAAGCCAAUGAGAGAGGCCGCCUGGGAGAGGAGGGAAGAUUGCAGCAAGAUUGUCUGAGAACUUGCAGAACUUUCCAGAACAUACCAGUCUCUGCCUGUUUUCCGUCUAGAACAAAAUGGAGGGGCUUCAGAAGGGUGGAGAAGACACGUGCAUCAAAGGCGGAGGAGAAGAGAGCUUAAAUCCAGGAGCAUUUUGGUUGAGGAUCAUCCUGGUGGGCAAAACAGGCAGCGGGAAGAGUGCCACCGGGAACAGCAUCCUCUGCCAGCCAGUGUUUGAGUCCAGGCUGGCGGCCCAGUCGGUGACCAGGAAGUGUCAGGGCGCAACGGGCACGUGGGAUGGGAGGAGCGUCCUGGUGGUGGACACGCCCCCCAUCUUUGAGGCGAGGGCCCAGGACCAAGAGGCGUACGAGAACAUCGGGGACUGCUACCUGCUCUCGGCCCCGGGGCCUCACGUGCUGCUGCUGGUGACCCAGCUGGGGCGCUUCACAGAGCAGGACGUGGUGGCCGUGACCAGGGUGAAGGAGGUCUUUGGGGCGAGAGCCCUGAGACACACGGUCAUCCUCUUCACCCGCAAGGAGGAGUUAGCGGACAGAUCCUUGCAUGACUACGUAGCAAACACAGACAACGUCAGGCUGAGGGGCCUGGUCCGGGAGUGCGGGCACAGGUACUGCGCCUUCAGCAACCGGGCCUCCGGGGACGAGCAGAGGAAGCAGCUGGCCGAGCUGAUGGCCGUGGUCGAGGGGCUGGAGAGGGAGCUCCAGGGCGCCUACCUCAGCAACGACCUCUUCUUCGAUGCACAGCGGCUCCAGCAGGGCGGGGGCGACCCCCAUGGAGAAGGUCACGUGCGCUACCUGGCCAAGGUGCGGUCGCAUAUUGCAAAGCAAAAGCAAGACCUGAAAGAGGCCCAGAGAAACCGCGCCUUCAAGGCGCUCCUGCGAGUCAAACACUGGAUCGUUUCUCACAUCGGAAUAUUUGCUGUUUUUAUUAUAUGCUUUUUGAGUUUUCUUGCCAUUUUAAUUAGCUUGUGUAGCACUCACGAAUGCUGAGCAUUUUCAGAUGA